UCACUUCUUCCUUUUGGCUUCACACGACCACCUGACGCUGAAGAGCGAAGAAAGGCGGGAACAGGAGAGCUUAUCAUGUCCAAUUCGCACCCUGUGGAGCCCUCCCCGCCCGACAGCAAGGGCACGGAUCGCUUCGUCUUUCUCCAGUCCGAUAAUGCCCCUCGGACGGUGGUCGUCGAGGAGAAGCAAAGGACCGUUGAAGCCCAGCACGAUGGCUCUUCAUCGUACGCAGACGGAACGGCAGGUGGGGGCAGUAGCAGCAACCAGCGAAGCACCAUGGACGAAGGCUCGUCGUCGAUGGCGAUUGAAAUCGACGAAAAGGCCGAGCUGACGGCGGCUGCUCCCAAGACGCCUGCCAUGCAGACGUCUUCAACACCAACCGCGACGACAAAGGUGGAUCUAUACAAGGCCGGUGCAGUCGACUACAAUGACGAUGAUGACUUGACUUGCCAGUCGCUCUAUCUCGCCUCCGACGACCUCGUCGUCGGUCUGAGCCUCUACCACCGCAGCAUCACCCGCCGCGUCCUUUGGUACCUCGGAUGCCUCUUGAGUGCAGGCAUCCUCUUCAUUGUCGCAUUCUGGUGGCCGAGGAUCUGGCUCCGAUGGAAUUGCCGCCCCACGUCGCUCGAGUCUGCGUCGCUGCAAAAAUGCAAAGGCCAAAUCUGGGUGGCCGUCAAGACGCGUCACGAACCGCUACUGCUAUGCUUGCUCGAGACGAGGAAGUUGGCCGAGGAGGUCGCUGUGGAUUACCUCUUUCCCAGCUCGAUGUUGGUUCCUGCAGCCAAUGCGCUUGACCAGCCGCGGCCAGUGGAUCGGUCGUCGUACGAGGAAAAGGCCGUUUCAGAGGUACGCGUGCUCGACUACCGCUCCAUCACCUUCGUCCUGCAUCCCUGCGGUCGUUUCCUCACUCAGGCCGACUGGAAGGACCCUGCUUGGGCUCAGCUGGCUCAAGUAGAUAGCAAGGACAUCAAGGGGCUCUCUACGGACAAGGAACAUGCGUUGCUUCAUCGCUUCUUCGGGCCCAACGUCAUCGAUGUCAGGGGGAACAGCAUCUUCUCCAUCCUCAUCAACGAAGUCCUUCACCCUUUCUACAUCUUCCAGAUCGCUUCAGUCGUGCUCUGGUGUAACGACGAUUACGUUCCUUAUGCCAUCGUCAUUUUGGUCGUCUCAUUCAUCGGCAUCACCUCUGCGACGAUUGAGACAAAGAGGUCUCUGAACCGGCUGCGAAAGAUGAGCCGAUUUUGCUGCGACACACGCGUCCUCCGACAAGGUUCUUGGCGUAUCGUGCCCAGCACCGAUCUGGUGCCUGGUGAUAUUGUCGACGUGGCCGCUAGCGCGGAAUCUGGUGGCCAGCUCGAGGUGCUUCCCUGCGACGUCAUCCUCCUCGAGAGCGACGCAAUCGCGUCCGAGGCCAUGCUCACCGGCGAGUCGGUGCCCGUCGUCAAGACGGCGAUGCCUCGCUCCCUCUUAACUUCGUCUUCGAGUACCGGCCCCAACUCUCGCAAGGCCGAGAAGCACACCCUCUUCGGGGGCACCAAGCUCAUCCGUGCCCGUCCCGCCUCGCCCACGUCGCCCGAGUCCAAGGCUCUCGUCGUUCGAACCGGCUUCCACACGGCGAAGGGCGGUCUCGUGCGACAAAUGCUCUUUCCCAAAAAGUUCAACUUCAAAUUCCUCAAAGAUGCAUUCAUGGCUAUCGGCUGCCUCUUCAUCCUUGCCAUGAUGGGCGUCAUUGCCUCUGCCGUCUACUUCGUCCACAUCGGCGUUGACCCCGAAGAAAUCGCGCUCCGUUCGCUGGACGUCAUCACCAUCGCCGUCCCUCCGGCCCUGCCGACCGCCAUGAGCAUUGCCGUGACGUUUGCGCUGGUCCGGCUGAAGCGCAAGCAAAUCUACUGCACGUCUCCCCAGCGCAUCAAUGUCGCCGGCAUGAUUACCGCCUGCGUGUUUGACAAGACGGGCACGCUGACAGAGGAAGGCCUCGCCGUUCUCGGCGUCUGUGCCCCUUUGGCAGAGGAGGACUUUGCAGAGCCGCACAGGUCCCAUGCAUCUCUGGAAGAGGCGGUAGAACAGGAGCAGGUGCAACUCUCAAACGAUGAAGGCCAAAGGAGCUGCUCCAUUGACGAUGCCCUCGCUACAACGCACGACCUCAACCUUCUCGAAGGCAGCCUGCUGGGAGAGCCACUCGAGGCGGCCAUGUUCAAGUGGACCGAAGCCGACCUGUCCGAAGAGCCUGUCCCGCUCUACCUUCCCGAUGGUAGCCGAGCCCUGACUGUGGAUGCCAAGCCGGCCCACGUGUCAGUCGUGUCAAAGGGCGCAAGGAAGCUGGCCAUUUGCAAGAAGUUUGACUUCUCCUCGGCGCUGCGCAGGAUGAGCGUCAUCGUCAAGGGCUCCGACCAAGCGCAGGGCGCGACCGUCUAUGUCAAAGGUGCCCCAGAGGCAAUCGUUGGUCUCUAUGCCCAAAGCUCGUUCCCGGACAAGUACGACGAGGUCCUCAACCAUUUUACCCACAACGGCUUUAGGGUUCUGGCGUUUGCGGGAAAGACUCUCGAGGGUGGGUCCUGGGACGAAGUCAAGGGCAUGAGUCGGGCCAACGCGGAGUCGAAUUUGCGCUUCUUGGGCUUGCUUGUGUUUGAGAAUAAGCUCAAGGAGGGCAGCGCGGAGACUGUGCGGUUGCUCAAGCAAGGGAACAUCAUUGCAAAGAUGUGCACAGGCGAUGCGCCUUUGACGGCCAUUGCCGUGGCCCGUGAGGCCGGUCUCGUCGAUGCCAAUGGGCCCGUUUACAUGGCGAGAAUCAGUGGAGCGCCAUCUUCCUCUGAAAAAGAAAAGAUGCAAGAUGAGGAGGGCGACUCCGAUGGCGAUGGCGAGAAGAAUGCUGCCGCGGCUUCCCAGGUCGAGUGGGUCGACAUCGCCGAUGAAGGAGCGACCCUCGAUGCAUAUUCGCUCCAGCCACGCCUUCGUACAGCGGGAGAGAGGAAGCUGGCGCUGGCCGACGUCGGCCUGGCCGUGUCGGGCGAGACAUACGCAUACAUGGUGGACCACGCCGCAAAGGAGACUAUGGACCGCCUUCUUGUGAAAGGCACCGUCUUUGCUCGCUUCUCGCCAGAACAAAAGCAGGACCUCAUCGAGAGGCUCCAAGCUCUCGACUAUGCAGUCGCCAUGGUGGGCGAUGGAGCCAACGACAUGGGUGCGCUGCGCAGCGCCGACGUCGGUCUCAGUCUCAGUGAGGCCGAGGCCUCUGUGGCCGCGCCAUUCACGACCAAGGACAUUAGGAACGUGGACUGCCUGCUGAGGGAGGGCAGGAACGCAAUCACGACGAGCUUGGCCCUCUUUGACUUUAUGAUGAUCUACUCGCUGUGCGAGUACUUCUCGGUCCUUCUCCUCUAUGGCGCCCCUUUCUUUUCGACAUCGUUCACCAAUGCCGAUUAUCUCUACAUCGACAUCUUCCUCGUCUUUCCCUUUGCGAUUGGCAUGAGCUUCUCGUGCCCCGCGCCCGUUCUGAGCGCGAAGCGAGUCAAGGGCCGGCUCAUGUCGCGACGCAACCUCAUCUCGCUCCUCUCCCAGUUCGUCCUUCUUGUCCUAGCGCAAACGACAACCUAUCUCAUCCUCCACCGCCAGGACUUCUACAAGCCACCACGAUUCGCGCCCGACGAUCUGGAUCUGCAAACGAUGGACAACACCAUCCUCUUCAAGACGUCCAUCUUCACCUAUCUCUUUGCUGCGACCAUCUGGAACUGGGGCCCACCGCACCGGAGAUAUCUGUUCCAAAACUACCCCUUGCUCCUCGCCAUUGUCGUCAUUGCCUCGCUCAACGUCUACUUUGUCUUUGCCACCGCCGGGCCCUUCUUUGACCUCUUUGGGUUCCAGGACGAGAUCGAGGCGCCCCGCUUCCUCGGCAUCGUCUUUGCCGUCGUCGUCGUGCAGGCCAUUCUUGCAUUUGCGAGCGAGGCCUACCUUGUCGACAUUGUCUCGGCCUGGAUCAGGGGUCCGACGAGAAGAGUGCAGCGCUGGUAUGCCAAUUCCAAGGGGAGAGCCUUCAGCUCCGACAAAGCCUACCGACUGGUCGAAGCCUCCAUCUUGGUCGACUAGCUGGCUUCUUCUACCCUUUUCUUUCUUUCUUCAAUUAUUUAGCACAGCAACAUGUAUCAUUAGUCCUCAAUUACCCGCCAACCAUUGACC